AUGACGCUCGCUGCGACUUACGAGCGCUUUCUUGCCUCGCCGAACCCUCUCAAUCUCUCCGAAGAUGCUUCUCUGCAUUAUAUUCCAACCCUCAAGUCCUUUUCCGAGCAAGGCCCCCUGAUUCGACACCUGGAGGACCAGAAUAGAAAUGUGGUCAAGACCAAGUCGAACAAGACCAUCAGUGUCGUCGAAGGCGCCAGUUCUCUCGCCCUCGAGACCGAGACCAUACUCGAGUUCGUUUCGGGCGGUGGAGCAUACCUCCCUGGCCUUGACACCUUCAUCUUCGAUAGUGUUGCAACUCUACCCAUGACCCACAUCGUCCACUUCAACGCACAGGGCAAGAUCACUCAGAUUCGCAUUUCUUGGGAUCAGGCUACACUCCUCAAGCAAACCGAAGUGAUUGGAACUCGUGGCAAGAAUUGGCCCGUGACCGACGGCAAACACCAGAUCCAACUCAUUUCGAGCAGCUUCUCCGCUGCGCCUGUAGUUCCCAAUUCACCGCCGCGUGGCCGUGCCACGGACAAUGGCUCCACCGAUCGUCCUUCGUCUCCAACCAAGAGAUACAUCAAGGAUCCUCAUGCCAGCUCGUACCAAGAACUCUUCAGUCCCGGACGCGACGACAACGGCCGAUCUGAGUCCCCAGGCACCUUCGUCGCCCCCCGUGCAUCUGCUCGUCCUCCUCCGCGCGAGAUGAGUGAGCUUUUCGCAGCUGGCCACGAAGAUCAUGAGAAUACUCCGAAGGGCUCACCGAAGAAGGCUAUUCCUUUCAAUGCCGUUGCCCCCAAGGGUGCAGGAAGUCAGAAAUUCGGUGACAUUCGAGUAUUCGAUGGCCAGCAUUCCAAGGAGGACAAAAUCUACCGUACCAACCCUGCUCGCUACGACCACUUUGAUAUUGGUGAUGCCGACGAGAAUGACCCCAUGCAGCACAAGAGUGGACUGAAUCGUGAGAAGCGCAGCGUUCCCAUGCGCGCAAAGACAGACAAGGGUGGAUCUCAGUGGGAUUUCAUUGAUUUUGUAACGCCAGCGAAAGUCAAUCAGAAGAUCCGCGAGCAAGACAAGGUCAACUGGAACUACGAUGAAGAGUCGAUGAAUCAGAGUCCCGGCAAAGGCGGUCAGCAGAAGAUCCGUCGCGACGACGAAACUCACUUCGAGUUGAAGGAUGAUGGAACGCCCGUCGAGCGCCACAUUGAGCCUAAGCCUCGCAAGGAUGCUCAUGCUCACUUCGAAUUCAACGAUGAGCCAACGCCGGCCCCCCGCCGUAUUAUUGCUCGCACCAACGCCGCCAUGGGCAUCUAUCGCGACGUGGUUCACGACGACGAGGAGCCUCUGGCUGCGAUCGACAACAACGUUGGUCGAGGUAGAGCCUUUGGAAACCACUGGGACAUGCGGGAUACGUCACCCGAGGGAACCAAGAAUGAGCGCCCUGCUUCGAAGCAGCAGAAGAGCCUCGAGACACACUGGGGCGUUGAUGCUGUUGACGAGCCUGAGGUCCGAGCUACACGUUCUCGUGGUGGAGGCGGAGGGAAAGGAUUUUGGGAUUUCUGA